AUGUCCCAGCAGAGACCGUUCAAGUUGAGCCACGGCUCAAUUGAACACACUUUCAUUGUUCCGCAAAACUUAUUCGUAUUCUAUUCACAAUUGAAAGAUGAGUUCAACAAGACGCUACCUGCACCCACCGAAGGGUUUGCCGACGAUGACGAGCCCUCGAGCCCCGUGGAGCUUUACGGCAAGUUUUUGGGCUACUUGAGCCAACAGAGAAGCAAGCCGCAGGUGGGAGAGCUACUCGGCAACUCCAUCAAAGACUUUGAGUCGACUUUUUUGGGAAACCAAGAUAACAUCCACUCCUUUGCCGUGCAAUUAUUGCAAGAUGAAGCUUUCCCCACGACCGCGGGCAAAAUCAAGAACCUCAUUAAAAACUACUACCAGUCGGCCUCGAUUGUCAAGAGCGAGUCCAACUUGUUCUACCGCGCCUCCGUCAAGGACGCCAAGAUGGCGGCCAUCUUUGGCGGGCAGGGCAACACCGACGACUAUUUUGAAGAAUUGCGGGAAAUCUACCAUCUCUACGGCAGCUUGAUCACGGAGGACCUCUUGGUGCCCAUCACGGAAAAAUUGGACCUGUUGGUGAAGCAAAACACCGAGUUUGACAAGAUCUAUACCCAGGGCUUGAACAUUAUCCGCUGGUUGAAGCAUCCUGAAAUCACCCCGGACCAGGACUACUUGUUGAGUGUACCCGUUAGUUGCCCCAUCAUUUGUAUAAUCCAAUUGUGCCACUAUGCCAUCACUUGUAAAGUGCUCGGCUUCUCCCCUGGUGAAUUGAGAGAUUUAACAAGCUGGGCAACGGGCCACUCGCAAGGUAUAGUUACGGCAGUGGCAAUCGCCGGCUCAUACAACUGGGAGUCGUUUUUAGCAAACUCCAUCAAGGCAUGCUCGAUGUUGUUGUUUAUCGGCUCCAGAUGCUUGGCCACCUACCCGAGAACCUCGUUGCCUCCAACCAUGUUGCAAGAUUCCUUGGCCAACGGAGAAGGCCGUCCAUCUCCCAUGCUCUCGGUUCGAGAUUUACCCAUUGACAAGGUCAACAAAUUCAUCGAUCAAACAAACUCCCAUUUGCCCAAGGAGAAACACAUCGCCAUCAGUUUGAUUAAUGGCGCUCGUAAUUUGGUCUUGUCUGGUCCCCCAGAAUCCCUUUAUGGUUUCAACUUGAACUUGAGAAAUAUCAAGGCCCCCAACGGCUUGGACCAAUCGCGUGUCCCUUACAGCGAAAGAAAAUUGAAAUGCACCAAUAGAUUCCUCCCUAUAAUCUCGCCUUUCCACUCCCACUUGUUGGCCGAGGCAACAGCCACGAUCUUGGAUGACGUGCAACUGAUCUCGUUUGACGCGUUAAAGAUCCCCGUUUACGAUACUUUUGACGGCUCAAACUUGCAACAGGUUGAAAAAUCGCUGGAUUUAAAUGCCAGGUUGGUGAAAUUGAUCACCGAGUUGCCCGUCCAUUGGGAGUUGGCAACGGAUCAUGAAGCUUCCCACAUUAUCGAUUUUGGCCCCGGUGGAGUCUCAGGUUUGGGGGUAUUGACCCAUCGGAACAAGGAAGGUACCGGUGCCAGAAUCAUCAUUGCCGGCACGGUCGACUCCAACCCCGUCGACGACGAAUAUGGAUUCAAGCACGAGCUUUUCCAAAAAAGUAGCGAUAGGCUGAUUAAAUGGGCCUCGAACUGGUUGCAAGAGUAUAAACCCACCUUGGUCAAGACCUCCAAGGGUAAAGUUUACGUAAACACCAAGUUUUCGCAAUUGUUGGGCAGAGCUCCAUUAAUGGUCCCCGGAAUGACCCCCACCACAGUCAACCCCGAGAUUAUCGCCGCUUCCAUCAAUGCCGGCUACCACAUUGAGUUGGCCGGCGGUGGCUAUUUCUCCGGGGCAAUGAUGACGAGUGCCAUUGACGAAAUUGUCGCCAAGAUCAAGCCCGGCUAUGGAAUCGGCAUCAAUUUGAUCUACGUUAACCCAUUCAUGUUGCAAUGGGGUAUUCCCUUGAUCAAGGAAUUGAGAGAGAAAAACUACCCCAUCCAGUCGUUGACCAUUGGAGCUGGUGUCCCUUCGUUGGAAGUUGCCACUGAGUACAUUGAGGAGCUCGGCUUGACUCAUUUAGGAUUAAAACCAGGGUCCGUUGACUCCAUCUGCCAGGCGAUUGCCAUCGCCAAGGCCCACCCAAGUUUCCCCAUUGUGUUGCAAUGGACUGGAGGCAGAGGAGGAGGCCACCACUCGUUUGAAGAUUUCCACCAACCCAUCUUGCAGAUGUACUCCAAGAUUAGAAGAUGCUCCAACAUUGUCUUGGUUGCAGGCUCCGGGUUUGGCUCUGCUGAAGAUACCUACCCUUACUUGACUGGUUCAUGGUCGAGCAAGUUCAACUAUCCUCCCAUGCCUUUUGAUGGUGUCUUGUUUGGCUCGAGGGUGAUGACUGCAAAGGAAGCUCGCACAUCAACGGAGGCCAAAAAAUUGAUUGCUAGUUGCAAAGGUGUCCCCGAUGACCAAUGGGAACAAACUUACAAAAGACCCACUGGUGGCGUGAUUACCGUCAAGUCGGAAAUGGGCGAGCCCAUUCACAAGAUUGCCACUCGAGGAGUCAUGUUUUGGAAAGAGUUGGACGAGACAAUUUUCAAUCAGCCAAAGAAUAAGCUCUUGGACGCCAUUGCUAAAAAGAGAGACUACAUCAUUGACAAGUUGAACAAGGAUUCGCAAAAGCCCUGGUUUGGUCGCAACUCGCAAGGUGUUUGCGACUUGCAAGAUAUGACGUAUCAAGAGGUCGCCAACAGAUUGAUUGAGUUGAUGUACGUUGACAAGUCGAAACGCUGGAUCGAUGUCUCCUUACGGAACCUCUUUGGUGACUUUUUGAGACGAGUCGAAGAAAGAUUCACCAUCGAGGCCAACCGCGUGUCAUUGAUUCAAAACUAUGCCCAGUUAGCUCAAGACCCACAAUCGUUGACUAAUGAUCUUUUCAACCAGUUCAAAUUGGCUCAAACCCAGCUCAUUUCAGAAGAAGACUGCGACUAUUUCUUGAUUUGUUGCACGAGACUCGGUCAGAAACCAGUGCCAUUUGUGCCCGUGUUGGAUGAACGAUUUGAAUUUUUCUUCAAAAAGGACUCCCUUUGGCAAUCGGAGGACUUGGAAGCAGUGGUGGAUGAAGAUGUGCAAAGAACGUGUAUCUUGCAUGGCCCAGUUGCAUGUCAAUUCACCAACCACGUCGACGAGCCCAUUGGCGAAAUCUUGGAUAACAUCCAUGAGGGCCACAUUGCCAAGUUGUUGCAAGACCAAUAUGAAGGCGACGCGUCAAAGAUCCCCAUUGUUGAAUAUUUCGGCGGCAAAAAGCCGGCACCACUCAAGAAUGUCGAUAACGUCAUCGUUACUGACGGCAAGAAUAUCACCACAUAUGAAAUCACGUCCAAGGUUCCUCACGUGGCACCAUGGUUGAAUAUGUUAGCUGGCCCCAAGUUGAACUGGUUGCAAGCGUUCAUCUCCACCGACAGAAUCGUGCAAGGGUCCAAGCAUGUGCCCAACUCGGUGCACGAUGUUCUUGCACCUGCUCCGCACUCCAAGGUCACCAUCGAUAAGCAAACCAACGAGUUGAUUGUGUACGAGCGUGUUAAAGGCGACUUGCUCCCCGUUGUCGAGAUCAGAUUGUCUAAAGAUAACAUCAUUGAAUUGUCAUUGAUUGAACACAGAACCGCCGAUGGCGACCCACUAGCAUUAAAAUUUUUGUACAAGUACCACCUCGAAGAUGGAUUUGCCCCCAUUGUUGAAAUCAUGGAUGAUAGAAACGAUAGAAUCAAAGAGUUUUACUGGUACUUGUGGUUUGGCUCCAAAAACGUCCCCUACAACUUGGAUAUCAACGUCGAAGACCAAAUCUUGGGUGAUGAGGUCUCCAUUACCGGAAAGGACAUUGCCGAGUUUACUCACGCCAUUGGUAACAAAUGCGAAGCGUUUGUAAACAGACCGGGCAAAAUCACCCUUGCGCCUAUGGACUUUGCCAUUGUUAUCGGAUGGAAAGCCAUCAUCAAGGCCAUCUUCCCCAAGACUGUCGACGGCGACUUGUUGAAGUUGGUGCACUUGUCAAAUGGAUACAAGAUGAUCCCCGGCGCGGCACCCUUGAAAAAGGACGACGUGGUGUCAACGAGGGCCGAAAUCAAGGCCGUCAUCAACCAGCCCAGCGGUAAGUUGGUCGAAGUGGUUGGCACCAUCUAUCGUGAAAAGACCAAGCCGGUGAUGCAGGUCUCAUCUCAAUUCUUGUACCGGGGCGAAUAUCAAGAUUUCGAAAAUACCUUCCAGAAAGUCACCGAGACCCCAGUUCAAAUUGCGUUUAAAUCGCCCAAGGACUUGGCGGUGUUGAAGUCAAAGGAAUGGUUCCAUUUAACCAAGGAUGUGCCAUUUGACGUGUUGACUUUUAGAUGCGAGUCUACUUAUAAAUUCAAAUCGGCAAAUGUGUUUUCCUCGAUUAUAACCACGGGCCAAGUGUUUACCGAGUUGCCAACAAAGGAAGUGAUUCAAGCUGGUGAAGUCAACUACGAAGCUGGCGUCUCCUUUGGUAACCCCGUUACCGACUAUUUGGCGAGAAACGGAAACACCAUUGAAGAAGCGGUACUCUUUGAAAACUCCAUCCCACUUUCAUCAAGCGAAGAGUUGAUCUCGAGAGCUCCAAGCACAAACGAGCCAUAUGCAAUCGUCUCGGGCGACUAUAACCCUAUCCACGUUUCGCGCGUGUUUGCUCAAUACGCCAAAUUACCCGGAACCAUCACCCACGGCAUGUACUCUUCGGCAUCGAUUAGAGGCUUGGUGGAAGAAUGGACUGCCAACAACGUGGCUUCACGAGUGCGCGCUUUCAAGUGCGACUUUGUCGGUAUGGUCUUGCCCAACGACGUCUUGCAAACCACCAUGGAACACGUGGGGAUGAUCAACGGGCGUAAGAUCAUCAAGAUUGAAACCAAGAAUAUCGAAACCGACACCCCCGUGUUGAUUGGCGAGGCCGAGAUUGAACAGCCCAUCACCACCUACGUGUUCACGGGCCAAGGCUCCCAAGAGCAAGGAAUGGGUAUGGACUUGUACAACUCCUCCGAUGUCGCCAAGGAAGUCUGGGACAAAGCCGACAAGCACUUUAUCGACAACUACGGCUUUUCAAUAUUGGACAUUGUGCAAAACAACCCCAACGAAUUGACUAUCCAUUUCGGCGGCUCAAAAGGUAGAAGCAUCCGCGACAACUACAUUGGGAUGAUGUUUGAAACGAUCGGCGAAGACGGCGAAUUGAAAUCGGAAAAGAUCUUCAAAGACAUCGACCACGAAACUACAUCCUACACCUUUGUCUCCCCCACGGGCUUGCUUUCCGCUACCCAGUUCACCCAGCCCGCGUUGACGUUGAUGGAGAAGGCUGCCUACGAAGACAUCAAGUCCAAGGGGCUCAUCCCGUCCGACAUCAUGUUUGCCGGCCACUCCUUGGGCGAGUACUCAGCCCUUUCCUCCUUAGCCAACGUGAUGCCUAUUGAGUCGCUUGUGGACGUCGUAUUCUACCGAGGCAUGACGAUGCAAGUUGCUGUUCCUCGUGACGAAUUUGGCCGCUCCAAUUACGGCAUGUGCGCCAUCAACCCUAGCCGAGUCAGCGCCACGUUUGACGACGCGGCAUUGCGCUUCGUUGUCGACAGCGUCGCGCAACGCACGAAAUGGCUAUUGGAAAUCGUCAACUACAACGUCGAGAACCAGCAGUACGUGGCCGCGGGCGACUUGCAAGCGUUGGACACCCUCACCAACGUGCUCAACGUGUUGAAGCUCAACAAGAUUGACAUCGUCAAGCUCCAGCAACAGCUCACCCUCGAGGAGGUCGAGCUGCACUUGAAUGAGAUUAUCGACGAAGUGAAACAGCAGAGCUUGAGCAAGCCGCAGCCGAUUGAGUUGGAGCGUGGUUUUGCUGUUAUUCCCUUAAAGGGCAUCAGUGUGCCCUUCCAUUCGUCCUACUUGAUGUCGGGAGUCAAGCCCUUCCAGAGGUUUUUGUGCAAGAAGAUCCCCAAGAGCUCAGUCAAGCCGCAGGAUUUGAUCGGAAAAUACAUUCCUAAUUUGACGGCGAAGCCAUUUGCUAUCACGAGAGAGUACUUCACUGAGGUCUACGAGUUGACCAAGAGCGAUAAGAUCAAGGCCAUUUUGGAUAAUUGGGAACUGUAUGAAUCUCGAUAA